CCACCGAUCGGCCGCUGCCCUAACCGGUCCGCCUGGUUAUCAUCAAAGUUCAAACCCUCGAGUCUCUGAACCCCCCUUCAACUCGGUUCUUUCCUCUCAACAAAUCCUCUCUCUGAAGACACGAAACUCAAGGAAGUUUUUAUUAAUGGGUUCUAAUUUGGAGCCUGUACCCAUAACCUCACAGAAACAUGACCCAGCUUGGAAGCAUUGUCAGAUGUUCAAAAAUGGGGAAAGGGUGCAAUUGAAGUGUAUAUAUUGUACUAAAUUAUUUAAGGGUGGUGGGAUUCAUAGGAUAAAGGAACAUCUUGCUGGUCAUAAGGGUAAUGCAUCUACUUGUUUAAGAGUUCCGCCUGAUGUUCGCCUUAUGAUGCAACAGAGUUUAGAUGGGGUUGUAGUGAAGAAGAGGAAGAAGGAAAAGAUUGAGGAGGGGAUGAAUCAUUUGAAUCCGGUUUCUAGUGAAAUAGAUGUGUUUUCUGAUCAAUGUGAUGUUAAUACUCCACUCCAGAUGAUUGGACCUCCGAAAGAACUUGAACCUUGUUCUAGUUUAUUAGUUCCUUUUGAAGAAGGAAUGAGCAGUAAAAUUGGAGAUAAUAGGAGAAAGAGAGGAAGAGCUAAAAAGUCUGCUACAGCUGUCAGUGCCGUGAAUAUUACGAAUAGUAUUGCAGCAGGGGCUCAAAGAGAAAACAGCCAUAUUCAUAUGGCAAUAGGGAGAUUCUUAUAUGACAUUGGUGCCCCUUUAGAUGCUGUAAACUCACCCUAUUUCCAGCCAAUGAUUGAAGCAAUUGCUUCAGGGGGCUUGGGGGUCGAAGCACCAUCAUAUCAUGACCUCAGGGGUUGGAUAUUGAAGAAUUCAAUUGAAGAAGUGAAGAAUGAUAUUGGUAGGUACACAGCAGCGUGGUCAAGGACUGGUUGUUCUGUUUUGGUUGACCAGUGGAAUACUGAGAUGGGCAGAACAAUACUGAAUUUUUUGGCGUCUUGUCCUGAAGGAACAGUGUUUCUCAAGUCUGUAGAUGCAUCAGACAUAGUAAAUUCAGCGGAUGCUUUGUACGAAUUGCUUAAGCAAGUGGUAGAAGAAGUUGGGGUAAGACAUGUGCUGCAAGUGAUUACUAAUGGAGAAGAGGAGUAUAUUCUUGCAGGAAGAAGGCUAAAUGAAACUUUUCCUGGCCUCUAUUUUGCUCCUUGUUUAGCUCGCUGUUUAGACUUGAUACUUGAAGAUUUUGCAAAAGUUGAUUGGAUCAGUGAAACUAUAGAAAAGGCAAGAUCUAUUACAAAAUUUGUUUACAAUCAUAGUGCAGUUCUGAAUAUGGUCAGAAGAUACACUUACGGCAAUGACAUUGUAGAACCAGGAGUCACUCGCUUUGCUACAAACUUUACAACGUUAAAACGUCUGAUUGAUCUUAAACACAAUUUGCAGUCCAUGGUUACUUCACAAGAGUGGAUGGAUAGUCCAUAUUCAAAGAAACCUGAGGGGUUGGAUAUGUUAGAUUUGAUAAGUAAUCAGUCGUUUUGGUCUUCAUGCAUACUAAUUACCCGCUUGACAUAUCCUCUCUUGCGAGUUAUGCGAAUGGUCAGUCGUGAGAAAAGACCUGCAAUGGGAUAUAUUUAUGCAGGAAUGUAUCGAGCAAAGGAAACAAUUAAGAGAGAGUUUCUUAAGAGGGAGGAUUAUAUGCGUUACUGGGAUAUUAUAGAUAACUGGUGGGAACAAUGGCGUCUUCCACUUCAUGCCUCGGGUUUUUAUCUUAACCCCAAGUUCUUUUAUAGCACCGAAGCAGACAUGCAUCAUGUGAUUACGUCCGGGAUGCUUGAUUGCAUAGAGAGGUUGGUCCCUGAUAUAAAAGUCCAAGAUAAAAUUAUGAAAGAGAUAAGCUCGUACAAGAAUUCAGAUGGAGAUUUCGGGAGGAAGAUGGCAAUUCGAGCAAGAGACACUCUGCCCCCUGCUGAAUGGUGGUCAACAUACGGAGGAGGCUGCCCAAACUUGGCGCGUCUGGCCAUCCGUAUCCUCAGUCAAACGUGUGGUUCUUUGAGAUACAAGCGGAAUAAAAUUCCUUUUGAACAGAUUCAUGGCACAAGGAAUUGCCUAGAGCGACAACGGCUCUCUGACCUCAUAUUUGUUCAAUACAACUUUCGACUGAGACAAAUGUCUCAUGAGAACAAAGAGCAGGAUACAUUGGACCCCAUAUCAUUUGACUGCACAAGUCUUGUAGAAGACUGGGUCACAGGAAAGAAUAUAUGCGUGGAAGACUCUGCAGAAUCUGCAGAUUGGAUGGCACUUGAUACACCUUCCUCUAACACAACGCUAUGGGGACAAUCAAAUGAUGAGUUUGAAGAAAUUGGUGCAGGGUUUAAUGAUUACGAGAUCUUGAAUAGAGUAAAAGAUAGCGAGGAGGAUAAUGUUGAUGAAAAUGCAGUAAGUUAGUGGAUCAGAACUCAGAAGGCAACACAUAGGGACAAUGUUUUCAGCUGGAGAGUCCACGGUGAUGACUGGUUUCUUUUUUAUAUUAUAAUGUACAGAAAUCUAUUGUAAGGUAUGUUUAUAUUUUCGAUUGUUUUUAAGAACUAUGGAAAUACUGUAUCAUUUAGUCUUAAUCUGAUUACUGACAAGACGUAGGAAUACGCAUAACCAACUCUUAAACAUGGUUUGAAUCAGUGUUGGCAAUCUUGCAAGUGAAAGUCUUGCCUCUGAUUGUUGAUUCAUUUUUUUUAUUUUUAUAAAUGAGUUGAUGUUUCUUGGUGUU